UGAAUGGUCCCAAGCACUUCAGAAGACGUCAAGAACUUCCUGUCAGUCGUGAUGUUGACGAGCCUCUAUUUAUUCUCCUCCACCUUCCCUCCUCAUCUUCCACAAGCACAUGCAUUUUCCUCGGCGACGUUCUCUCCUUUUCCAAAAAGGGCAAAAAGAGAUGGUUUCUCUAGGAUUCCUGGCGGUCGGCUUGCUCUUGCAAUUCGUGCCGGUGUCCCUCGCAUACGGAUAUUACGGCGGGUGGACGAAUGCUCAUGCCACCUUCUAUGGAGGAAGCGAUGCUUCUGGAACAAUGGGAGGAGCUUGUGGGUACGGGAACUUGUACAGCCAAGGGUACGGCACAAACACAGCUGCACUAAGCACUGCACUGUUCAACAAUGGGUUGAGCUGCGGCGCGUGCUUUGAGCUCCGGUGCGCGAACGACCCGCAAUGGUGCCUCCCGGGCUCCAUUGUGGUCACGGCAACCAACUUCUGCCCUCCGGGAGGGUGGUGCGACCCUCCUCAACACCACUUCGACCUCUCCCAGCCAGUCUUCCAGCACAUCGCGCAGUACAGGGCCGGGAUCGUUCCCGUGGUCUACCGAAGAGUGAGGUGCAGGAGAAGCGGAGGGAUCCGGUUCACCGUCAACGGCCACUCUUACUUCAACCUCGUGCUUGUAACCAAUGUUGGCGGAGCUGGGGACGUGCACUCCGUGUCCAUCAAAGGAUCGAGGACCCGGUGGCAACCCAUGUCGAGAAAUUGGGGACAGAACUGGCAAAGCAACUCUUACCUCAACGGACAGAGCCUCUCUUUUCUAGUCACCGCCAGCGACGGCCGGAGCGUCGUGUCCUACAAUGUCGCCCCCUCUAGUUGGUCCUUUGGCCAGACUUAUUCUGGAGGCCAAUUCCGAUACUAAGUAUCGAACCCGUGUGCACAACUUAUUACUAGCAGAAGUUGUGCACUACAUUUUUAGUUCGAAAAUCCAACUUGGAUUUCUAUGCUCUUUUCUUUUUUUCCUGCGGCCCGUCGGUGAUCGUUUCGAACCGAGCACGAAUUCGAUCAGCAAGUUGAAGUUGAAAGACUGAAUGAAGUCUCUAAGGAAUUGGUGAUUGAAUCAUUGUAGGGUUAGUAUACAUGUGAGGGAAAGUCCUGGUCAAGUGCUUUUUUUUGCUUGCUGAGUUUAGGCUGCUUCUGUAAUCCAAAAUGUCCUGCUGAAUGGAUAAAAGCCCUCAUGGUUUUAUUGGG